AAAAAAAUGUCAAAUGCGGAACGUAACACGUAGGGCAGAAUUUUCACCUUUUCGGCGCAUUUUGGCGCAUGUCAGUAUGUCAUCCGACUGGCUGGCGCGUUAUCGUUGAUCCCUGCGUCAAUGACACGUCACGACCAGUCAUCGAUUAAGGCCGAGAUGACCGCGGAGUUUUUUGCGGCAUCGAAAACUGCAAAUCUUGUGUAAUAUAGUGGAGAUGGAGAUUACACUUCCGUGGUAAAUCGAUUGUAUCGUCGGCCAACUCGUGUAUAAUUUCCACAGAUGUUCAUGCGCUCCAAGAAGUAGUCUAGUUUUACAAUUAUUUCUUCAACGAGCACAGCCAAUAAUCAACACAGAUAACUGACAAUAACAAUGGCGAUCGGCGAAGAAGCCGGUAAUGGGGGCAUCAGCAGCUUCGGUCUAGAAGAUGACGCUGCCGGAUCGAUCCGAAUAGUCAAUCGCACAACCACAGAUGAUCCAAUCGGUACGUCAAGUCAUGUUCAGGCCGACCUCGAUAAUUUCGAUUCAGGCAAUCCCCUUCUGGCUGAGAGCGCGGCAGUAACGAUUGAUGCACCGAUCGGAAAGCUUAGGAGAAUACAUAAAAUGGAGAAUGCGGUGGCGUCACAGACGGAUGGUAGUGCGAUGUGCCGAAAGGGAGAUUUCGAUGAUGAAAACCACGCAAACGAGCCGGCGAAUACGAUCGUCGAGCCACCUGAUGGUGGCCUCAGGGCCUGGAUGAUUAUGGUCGGUAGCUUCACAAUCAACGGUGUACUGUUCAGCAUCAUCAAUUCGUAUUCCCUCAUCUAUCAAGAGCUACAAAAACGACUGAUAGAAGCCGGCGAAACCGAAGUCUCCUCCAAAGCAGCUUUAGUAGGCUCACUAACUAUUGGAACCACGUUCUUUCUGUCUCCGGUCGCCGGUAUAUUAACGGAUAAGUUCGGCAUCCAGACAACUACCUUCGUGGGAGGUGCAAUUGCAUCCGUUGGCCUGCUUCUUUCCUCGCUACUGACGGCCAAGGUGGAACUGCUUUUUUUAACAUACGGUGUUAUGUACGGGCUUGGUGCAAGUCUCGCUUAUACCCCUAGUCUAGCGAUAUUGGGUCACUACUUCAAAAAAUAUCUGGGACUGGUGAACGGUAUUGUCACAGCCGGAAGCUCAAUAUUCACGACACUAUUGCCAUCUCUAAUGGAGGUCCUGAUACUGCGUUUAGGCCUAGAAGGAACAUUGAGGAGCUUGGCCGUACUCACAGCUAUUAUCAUGGCUUGCGCGAUUCUUUUUAAGCCAAUUCCAUUAACAUCGCAAAGAGACAAAUCACAUAAAACGAAAUCUUUACGAAACCAUCUGAACGAAUUCGUAAACGUAUCUAUCUGGAAGAAAAAACGAUACGUCGUAUGGGCUGUUUCUAUUCCUCUCGCUCUUUUUGGAUACUUCGUCCCAUACGUUCACAUAGGAAAGUUCGUGACUACGACAUUCAAAGACGCCGAUAGCAAGCUGCCGGUCAUGUGCGUCGGUAUCACCUCCGGUAUUGGCCGUUUAAUUUUUGGCUACAUCGCCGACCUACCGAAAGUAAACCGAAUAUUCUUGCAGCAAAUAUCAUUUGUAAGUAUCGGCAUCCUCACGAUGCUCCUUCCAGUCACUAAAUCGUUCCUCAUGCUCCUCAUCAUUUCGCUGGGGAUGGGACUGUUCGAUGGAUGCUUUAUAUCGUUACUUGGUCCGAUUGCAUUCGAUAUUUGCGGCCGUAGCGGCGCAACUCAAGCCAUAGGCUUUCUUCUGGGGAUGUGUUCUAUACCUCUAACGGUUGGUCCACCAAUCGCGGGACUCCUAUACGAUCAUACUGGUACCUACGAUCUACCUUUCUUACUAGCCGGCGUUCCUCCGAUAAUAGGAGCAUUGACGAUGUUCUUAAUAAGAUGCGUUAAAGAAAAUAAUGAGGGAAGUUUAAACGAUUCUGAGAAUAUCCCAAGCAAAACAGAUUGUCAAAAUGCAAGAAUGAAGAAUAGUGAUUUUUCGCCGGUGAGCAUAGUCGGGCAAACAUGCGAAUCAGCGAUGCAAGAGAAAUACAGUACAAUGUGCAAAUCCCUGCCAUCGUCUCAGUGCUAUUGUGUCAAACAACCGGUUAAAUUGCAAAACUGUUCAGCACGCAAUAGUUAUCAAUACAAGUAUGCCAAUUGCAGAUAUUCGGAGAGUGAACCAUUACUUCAUGGAGAGAGGAUCUCACGAUAUCCGAGCAUAAGUUUUUCUUACAAUUUAUAGUAAAUCAUCAAUGUUUUACAUAUUUUAAAUUUGCAUUCUGACAUAGCAAAUUCUUUGCUCUGAAGAAUUCCAUUGUUCGUUAUUCACCUGCAAGUGUGUUUAGAUUCCAAUCCGGUUGGUUCCCAGAUGUUUUGUUAUUCUCGUUUAACGUUCGGUAAACAAAAAGAAUAAAGCGAUAUCUAGGUGACACUCGCGUGGGAAUCCGAACAUAGCCUAAAUGAAAAUAAAGACGAAAUCCAUUAAAAAAUAUGGUUGCUUUUUUUAUAUUCAAUAAUUAUAUAAGGGUACUAAUAAAGAACUCAAUAAUUUGAAAAAAUUUUAAUAAAUACGAAAGAAAAGAUUACGAGCCCAAGCUGGAUGUUUAAUGUGAUAUAUCCCAGCUAACGUUAAAUAUUCAUAGAAAGUUCGAUUCGUAUUACCAAUUAAUGUAUCGAAUGUUCCGGAACAGUAAAAAAAUCGUCACAGAAUGUGCAAAUGUCGAUGAAAUAUUCAGAAUAUUAUGUGAAUAUUCCUUGCAUAUUUCACAAAAAUCGCGAGUGAGCGAGCAGUACACAUCUCCGCCGUUAGAGGGCUGCGGCAAAGAGCAUUUAUUCGUAAAUAAGAAUCACCUGAGAGAGAAUAGGGAGUUUUUGUAAUAUCGUUUAUCCAAAUACGGUGAACGCUAAGAUCAGGUUAUCUUCUUAACAAUUACUUAAGAAAAGAAUAACGUGAUUUUAGCGUUCAUCAUAUCUAGAUUCAUGUUAUUGCAAAAACUCCCUAUUAGCCUAUAGCUAUAAUAUAAGGAACGCAGUACUUCGUCUGUGAAGUGAGUCCCAAAAUUGGGCUUCAAGGUGAAAACCCAUUAAAUGCGUUUUCCAAAGUAAAAUUUUGUUUAAAAACUGAUUCAUGGACCUGAUCUGAAAUUUUUAGAAAAAUUAAAAUUUUGCGGAAUAUAGUACGGAGCAU